GCGGCUGGCUCCGUAUUGGGUCGUGCGAUGUGUUUUUGAGGGCAGCCGUCAUUCGGUCAUUUUAAACAGAAUCCCAGCAAGUCGUGUCUCUUUUCAAGUGGUAUACAGCUAAACAAAUUUGUGUGUUGCCCUGCCUAAAGGCCGCCUGUAGUGAAAGCAGCCCGAUGGAGCACAGCAACAAAAAGGCCAUGCAGAGAGCGGUGAAGCUGGUCCACCUUGAUUUAAAAGGGGCUCCGCCGAGGAUAUCCUAUUUUGCUCAGGUGUUCCCCCUGUUUUCUCAACUGGGAGCCAGUGGCUUGCUUGUGGAAUAUGAAGAUAUGUUUCCAUAUGAGGGAAGACUGCAAGUCCUGAGAGCAAAGCACGCAUACAGUAAAGCAGAAAUCGGUGAACUUCUGGAGCUAGCAAAGGCCAAUGAGUUGGAAGUAAUUCCAUUAGUGCAGACCUUUGGGCACAUGGAGUUUGUCCUAAAGCAUAAGGAAUUCUGCAGCCUGCGGGAAGUCGCAACUCUACCCAAUGCGCUGAACCCUCAUAAAGACGAAGCCAUGAAGCUGGUCCAGGAGAUGAUUGACCAGAUGUUGGCCCUCCACCCAGCUGCACGCUGGCUUCACAUCGGGGCUGAUGAGGUGUACUGCCUUGGCGAGGGUGAGGAGUCUAAGGUGUGGCUUUCUCACAGCCAGAAUCACCUGAGCAAACUGCUGCUGUCACAUCUAGCUAAGGUGGCCAAGCACGUAAUCACUACACAUCCCCACGUGAGGCCGCUGAUUUGGGAUGACAUGCUGAGGACCAUGGAGGUCAACUUUCUUGCAGAAUCGGGACUCGGACAAAUUGUGGACCCAAUGAUAUGGUACUAUGUCUCAGACCUCGAUGUGAAGGAAACAGUUCAUUUAAUUGAAAAGUAUCAGCAAUGUGGAUUCUCAAGGCUGUGGAUCGCCAGCUCUUACAAAGGCUCCACAGGGGCCAAUCAGUGCGUAACUCCCAUAGCACACCAUCUGGACAAUCACCGGCAGUGGCUGCAGGUGGUCCAAGCGCUGCCUGAAGGCUUUGUGGAGUUGCAAGGAAUCGCCUUGACUGGGUGGCAGAGGUACGACCACUUUUCAGUGCUGUGUGAGUUGCUGCCCAUUGCAAUCCCAUCCCUGGCUGUCUGCCUUCAGACUGUUCAACACGGAGAAUUCACAGAGGAGGCAGAAGCUGCAGUCAGACGAGUCCUGGGAAUUUCAGAUAUGGAAAUAGACAAAUGUGUCAGAGAGGAUUUAGGGACCUUCCCAGGUUGUGACAUUGCCAAGCUUGUGACUCAAGUGAGCGCUUAUUUAAAAGUGACAGUGGACAACUUUUUGGAAGGCAACAGGUUUAUUGUUGGUUGGUUCAGCCAGUACCACAGAAAACACAAGUUUGUCAACCCUCUCCUGGUCCAGCACUUUGAACCAGAAGCACAUGAGUUGCUUGCCAAGUGGAAUUCUGUUGCAGAGGAACUCAAAGAAGCACUCGCUAGAAUCUAUUAUCCUGACGCAGUAGAAGAGUGGAUGGAAGAGCACGUGAACCCAUCUCUGGGCAGGAUUCGGGAUCUGGUUCAUGACAUUGCAGAAGCUAAAGGAGAUCAAGCAUAAAGCAUGUUAGGCGGGUCUUCAGCAGUCAUGAUGUUUGUUUUGGCAAGAUGACCAAGACUGCAGUUUCUGAUCUGCUUGUGAUUGUACUGCACAGUAGACCUUAAGAUCUUUCUCAGGAAAUGGUCCGUUAUUGUGACAUUCAUUCGUACCCUACGGUGGGCCCACUCAUCGUGCAGGGAGGCACAGUCUGAACGGCAUUAGUGCUUUACCAAACCUACAUCAUGAGAGUACAAUUGGAGGAAAGGUCACACAAAAUGUUCAAGCUUGAUCCCAGCCUUGGGAGGCAAAACCCACUGGUACUUCUUCGACAUACAGUACAUAUAUACCAUCCCCAUGAUCUAAAAGAAGGUUCCCAGGCGAGCAGGAGCAUCGAUCAUAAACCCUGAACACUGAGCCAAUCCAUCACAAGACACACACGAACACUGGGGUCACUUUACAGGGUCAUUACUGUCACACGUACAGAGGACAGUGAAAUACGUACUUGGAUGUAGUAAUCAACAUGCAAUGUGUCGCCACUCUCCUACAGCGUAAUCAUAGACAAGAACUACCUGACCUCGAGAUAGCCGUCUACCUCACCUGGGAAAUCCAAGAACACCGUUUACAGCACGAUCUACCUACCACAUUCUCGUCGACUAAUACUUCUCCGAAGCAUUGGUUAUUACUGUACACGAGCAGCAGCUUGCAUUUCUACUACAAGGGACAACUAUAAUAUCUUAAUAACUGUAACAGUUUCUAGUCAUCAUCAAUCCAUGUUGGCUUUCAUUGUAACCCUCAGUUUCCCAUAUCUCCCAUUAUACAGAACUUGUUCUUGUCAUUAUAAACUGGGAAACACGUA